GCUGUUGGCUGCCGCUGGCAGCUGUCUCAGUCCGAUUCUGACUGAGAAAGGGGCAAUCCCUGAUCUGUCAUAAUGCCCAGUGGGUGACAGGCUCUUUCUCAGAAGCUGAACAACGAAGAGAAGAUAUACUCUCGCUGGUCCUUCUCUCCCAAGCCAGGUGGCUUCUCUGGUAAUGGACUGCCUUUCUGUGAGCUUUCACCCUGGAAAGGCUUUCCAAAUCUAGCCGGUGAAGCAAGAUAGGAAACAUCCUCAGAAAAAAAAAAAUGACAGAAGAACCCACGAAAGAGAACCUGGGAUCACCAGAGUCUCCCACACCUGUGAUAAUGGAGAAAAGCCCUCAGCGUGAAGUUGUGGUCACCGCCGUACCCUUGGUCAGUGAGGUUCAGUUGAUGGCCGCCACAGGGGGUGCCGAACUCUCCUGCUACCGCUGCAUCAUCCCCUUCGCUGUGGUAGUCUUCAUCACCGGGAUCGUGGUCACCGCUGUGGCUUACAGCUUCAAUUCUCACGGUUCCAUCAUCUCCAUCCUCGGCCUGGUCCUUCUGUCCUCUGGACUCUUUUUGUUAGCCUCCAGCGCCUUGUGCUGGAAGGUCAGACAAAAGAACAAGAAAGUCAAGAGAAGGGAGAGCCAGACGGCUCUCGUGGUAAAUCAGAGAAGCUUAUUUGCUUAAGACUGAGUGAGACCAAAGGGAAAAUUUCACCCUAACGCUCUGCUAUAACUUGUUGAGUUCAUUCAGACAGAACCAGCCCAGGAGGGAAUGGGCUCAGCUUCGGAAAGAAGUACCAACAUGGAAAUGGGACACAGAGAGAACUGAAAAUGAGGGGUCAAGACAGUUCCCCCUUUGUAGGGAAUAAUAUCUUCUUUAAUGACAAACUUAAUCCUAAGGGCUAUUUCUAAGGCAAAAGAAACAGAUUUCUUUUUACCUUAAACAUUUGGGGGGCGUGGGAUAUGGACAGCAUUAAAUAACACUUGGUUUACCUUAGAAAGUGAUGAUGGACAAAUAGUGAGAGCCCUGGUGUACCAGGUCCAUGGAAGAAAUAGCCCACACUCUGGCAAGCAGCGUUAUAAAAUUGUUUCACUAAAGGCCUACAUUGGCUUGGCAUUUCUAUGUACCUAAAACAAUUCAGUUACAUAUAUAUAUAUAUUUUUUUUUCCCAAUAAGUUGAUUCUCUGACCUCCCUUUUAAAAGCUUUCACUUUCAGUAACUCAUCACUUAGAGGUACUUUAUUUUGAAGAAUAGACUAAUAUUUUUUUAUAUUUUAACAAUGGACAAUUCUAGGUGAUCGUAAUGCUAUGUCAGAAGAAAACGGGAAAGUAGAAGAUAACACAAAUGACAUGGGGCAAUGAAAUUAAUACUGAAAUAAUCCAAUAUAGCACCUUUGGUGAUUUUUUAUACAAAAGUUCAAUGUGCAUUUUACUCAAAAUAAUAAAUGCUCAUAGCUGCUGAAACUU